UUGCCUACAUCCAUCGCCCCAAACCCAUCGCGAGGAGACCUCUGACCGCAUCCGUCUCUUCCCUGCCGAUCGCUUCCUUUCGUCCCUCCUAUUUAACGCGCACUAUCUCACUCCCAACUCUAUUCGUCGCGCUCCUCCAAACGCUCCGUCUGUGCUUCUGGCUUGUUCUCCUUCCGAUCACCCUCUCGAAUCCAAGAUGUCUGCCUACUGCGGCCAGUUUCACGAUGAGCUUAUUGCUAAUGCUGCCUACAUCGGCACCCCUGGGAAGGGUAUCCUUGCUGCUGAUGAGUCCACUGGCACGAUAGGCAAGCGCCUUGCCAGCAUCAAUGUGGAGAAUGUCGAGGAGAACCGUCGUGAUCUCCGUGAGCUUCUCUUUUGCACUCCUGGAGCUCUUCAGUACCUGAGUGGUGUCAUCCUCUUUGAGGAGACUCUCUACCAGAAGACAGUCGAUGGAAAGCUUUUUGUCGAAGUCCUCAAGGAGGGUGGAGUCCUUCCCGGUAUCAAGGUAGACAAGGGUACCGUUGAACUUGCUGGUACCAAUGGUGAGACCACCACCCAGGGUCACGAUGACCUGGGCAAACGCUGCAAGAAGUACUAUGAGGCAGGGGCUCGCUUUGCCAAGUGGCGUGCUGUUCUCAAGAUCAGUCCAAAUGAGCCAUCACAACUGUCAAUUGAUGCAAAUGCUAAUGGGUUGGCACGCUAUGCUAUCAUCUGCCAGGAGAAUGGUCUUGUCCCAAUCGUUGAACCGGAGAUCCUUGUUGAUGGGCCACAUGAUAUUGCAAAAUGUGCUGAGGUUACAGAGCGUGUGCUGGCCGCAUGCUACAAGGCGCUCAAUGAUCACCAUGUCCUUCUCGAGGGAAGUCUGUUGAAACCAAACAUGGUGACACCAGGGUCAGAAUCAAAGAAGGUAGCUCCUGAGGUGGUUGCCGAGUACACCGUGCGAGCUCUCCAGAGGACUGUUCCUGCUGCUGUCCCUGCGAUCGUCUUCCUCUCAGGAGGGCAGAGUGAAGAGGAGGCUACUUUGAACCUGAAUGCCAUGAACAAGCUGCAGGGGAAGAAGCCAUGGUCACUUUCCUUCUCAUUCGGCCGUGCUCUGCAGCAAAGUACACUCAAGGCAUGGGCAGGUAAGGUGGAGAAUGUCGAGAAGGCGAGGACUGCAUUCCUCACCAGGUGCAAGGCGAACUCGGAGGCAACGCUUGGGACAUACAAGGGUGAUGCUGCGGGAGGCGAAGGCGUCUCGGAGAGCCUCCAUGUCAAGGACUACAAAUAUUGAUCAUGCAUGGUUGGUGAGUCUUCAAAUAGCUUUAUCAUGUUGAGAGAAUGUCAAGUGGGAUCCAGUAGCUUUGUGUCUUUGCUGCUAAAUAAGUUGCGAUGUAUUAUGCCCUGAAACCGUUCAGGUUUUUGUUAUCCGUUUUUGUAAUAUCUGUCAACCAUUGCUUGGAAUCGGAAAUAUUCUGUGUUAGUUCAGAAUAUGUUCAGACUAAUUCUGUACUUCCACAGAGUUUGUUCUAACAUUCACUAUUAUUUUGAUGGAUAAUAUUAUUUUUAUAGCA